AUGGUUGGCCUCCCAGCCAGAGGCAAGAGUCUCAUAGCUGGAAAAGCUAUGCGAUAUCUUGCCUGGGUUGGCAUCCCCGCUCGGGUAUUCAACGUCGGCAGCUACCGUCGUGCAGGCACGCCACAGCCCAAUGCGAAUUUCUUCGACCCUCAUAAUACCGAAGGCGAGAAAAUGAGACGCGCGGCCGCCGAGGCUGCGGUGUCUGACAUGCUCCAGUGGUUUCAGUCCGGGAAAGGCGUCGUAGCUAUCUUGGAUGCGACCAAUUCUACGAAAGAGCGACGGCGCUGGAUCCAUGAACGCUGUCAGGAGGCAAACGUCGAAACACUAUACGUCGAGUCAAUAUGUGAUGAUGAAGACUUGAUCAUGAACAACAUCUUGGAAGUCAAGACAACGUCGCCGGACUACAAGGGGCAGGACCCGGAAGUUGCUGCUCUCGAUUUCCGUAACCGCAUUCGCAAUUACGAGAAGGUCUAUGAGACCAUUGACGAUAACGAGAAGCACUUCACCUACGUCAAACUCAUCAAUGUCGGGUCGACCGUCAUCAUUAAUCAGAUUAAGGAUUACCUUUCCAGUCGGCUGGUCUACUACAUCCAGAACCUUCACAUCAAACCUCGCUCGAUCUGGUUAUCUCGACACGGCGAGUCAGAAUAUAAUCUAACGGGGAAAAUUGGCGGCGACUCCAACAUUUCAGAGCGAGGAGAGGCAUACGCCCGAGCGCUGCCCGGGUUAUUAAAGAAGUCUGGGGUCCCACCCAACACCAAGAUCGUUAUUUGGACGUCAACUUUGAAACGUACGAUUCAAACGGCUCGUCAUCUCGCCGCGGAGACGGGCUUCGAGAAGCUAGAGUGGAAGGCGCUGGAUGAGCUCGACUCCGGGGUCUGCGACGGACUCACGUACGAGCAGAUUGCGGAGAAGUACCCGGAAGACUUUGCUGCGCGCGACGAGGACAAGUACAACUACCGCUACCGGGGUGGCGAGUCAUACCGCGAUGUGGUCAUCCGGCUAGAGCCAAUUAUCAUGGAGCUGGAGCGUAGCGAGAACGUCAUCAUUGUCACACACCAGGCCGUGCUGCGCUGCAUCUAUGCCUACUUCCUCAACACGCCGCAGGAGCAAAGUCCCUGGAUGGAGGUGCCGCUCCAUACGCUGAUCAAGCUUACACCGCGCGCAUACGGCACCGACGAGCAGCGCUUCAAGGCAGACAUCCCCGCUGUUUCGACAUGGCGGGCGAAGGGCACCGGUUCUGUGCUGGCGUAUGGGGAUCGCGUCUUGGCGGGGUUGAAUAAUGGGAGUUUGAGGAUAUAUCGGGUGAACGAGGAGGAAGAAGAAGGAGAAGGAGAGGUGGAGGCACAGCAGGAUGGUGAUGGGAAGGGGAAGGGGAAGAAAGAUACUACUACCGAGCAACAACAUGCAAACGGCAACGGCAACGGCAACGGAGAGACGGGGAUAAUCGCGAACGGGACUACGAACGGGAACCGGGAACAACAACAGCACAGCAAGAAACCCACGGAGCUACUCCGCGAAGUGGAAAAGUUCUCGCGGUACAAGAUCGAGCAGUUGGCGUUGAUUAAGGAGGCUAAGGUGCUUGUUUCUCUGUCCGGGGGAUAUGUGUCGUUGCAUGAUCUGGGGACGUAUUCGUUGCAGGAGCAAUUGGGGAAGACGAAGGGGGCGACGACGUUUGCGGUGACGUCGAAUAUCGAGAAUGAUUCUGAAACGGGAGUGCCUGCUAUUGUGUCGAGGGUGGCGGUGGCGGUGAAGAGGAAGAUAAUGGUGUGGGUGUGGAGGGAUAUGGAGAUGGAAGCGGGCGGGCCUAUGGAGAUGACGCUGGUGAGUGGGAUUAAGACGUUGACGUGGGUGUCUGGGACGAGGUUGGUGGCUGGGUUGGGGUCAGGGUUUGUGAUGGUUGAUAUUGAGGGGGAUGCUGGUGGGACAGUGACGGAUUUGACUGGUCCGUCUGGGAUUGGGGGAUUAGGGGGACAGGAGAGUACGGGGAGGUUGGCCGGUGUGGGAGUCGCCAGUAUGAGUUAUAUGGGGCUUGGGGGCAGUGCGCCGAAGCCGUUGGCGACGAGGUUGAAGGAGGGUCAGGUGUUGCUGGCGAAGGAUAUCAAUACACAUUUUAUUGAUGUGCAGGGGAAUUCGCUGGGGAGGAGGCAGAUACCCUGGAGUCAUGCGCCGGCGGAUAUAGGGUAUUCGUAUCCGUUUCUGUUGGCGCUGCAUGAUGCUUCGAAGGGGGUGUUGGAGGUGCGGAAUCCGGAGACGUUGUCACUGUUGCAGUCGGUGCCGUUACCGUCUGCCAGUAUUAUGCAUAUCCCGCAGCCGACGAUUAGUCUGGCGCAUGCUGGGAAGGGGUUCUUGGUGGCGAGUGAUCGGACGAUAUGGCGGAUGGAGGCGCUGAGCUAUGAUACGCAGAUUGACUCGCUGGUCGAGAAGGGGUAUCUGGACGAGGCGAUCAGUCUGGCUAGUAUGCUGGAGGAUGCGCUGUUGAGGGAUAAGCAGGGCCGGCUGCGCCAGAUCAAGCUGGAGAAGGCUGAAGGGCUGUUCAAGAUGCGAAAGUAUACGGAUUCGAUGGAUCUGUUUACGGAGAUAUCUGCGCCCCCGGAGACGGUGAUACGACUGUAUCCGAAGAUCAUCGCGGGGGAGCUGUCGUCGAUUGUCGAGGAGCCGGAGGGGUCCGAAGAUGGGACGACAGAUAGCCAGUCUAAGACGCAAGAGAACAAUAGCCCAACCGACACGCCGGCUGCGGAGGAGCCGCCAGCGCCGAAGACACUCUCGCAUGCUCCGUCGGUGAUGUCUCUUCUGCGGACGCGGACAGAUGAUGCCAGCGAUGCGGGCAGUAUCCGGGGCAAGGUGGUCGAGGAGGCCAAGAGCGAUAAGGCGCUGGAAGGGGCCGAUCUCAAGCUGGCUGUUCGUGAUCUGCAGAGGUAUCUGGCGGACGUACGGAGACGGUUUCAGCGCUUCUUGAACCCGGACGGUACACUAAAGGUGAUUGAUGCGACGACGGACGGCGCGAACGAUGCGUUGACGGACUCGGUCAUGAAGCUGCUGAGCAUUGAUCCGGAGGGUGAGUAUGAUCUUGGGGAAAAGCUGCGAGAAAAGGCAAGACUCGUGGACACGACUCUCUUCCGGGCGUACAUGUACGCUAUUCCAGCUCUGGCAGGGUCAUUGUUCCGCAUUGCCAACUUUUGCGACCCGGAUGUGGUGAUGGAGAAGCUGGAGGAGACGGGACGUCACAACGAUCUGAUUGACUUCCUAUACGGAAAGAAGCUGCAUCGGCAGGCGUUGGAGCUACUCCAGAAGUUUGGACAAGCCGACGAGGAAGAAGAGACGGCGCCGCAGCUGCACGGGCCGAAGCGAACAGUCAAUUAUCUGCAGAAUCUGUCUCCAGACCACAUUGACUUGAUCCUCGAGUUCGCUGAGUGGCCGGUACGACAGGAUCCUGAGCUGGGGAUGGAGGUUUUCCUGGCAGAUACUGAGAACGCGGAGACGCUGCCAAGAGACCGCGUGCUAGACUUCCUGCAGGGCAUUGACGUCAACCUGGCUGUCCGAUACCUGGAACAUAUCAUUGGGGAACUGAAUGAUAUGACACCAGAUUUGCAUCAGAAACUGCUCGUCCUUUACUUGGAACGACUGAAGAAGCAUCAAGCGAAAGAGUGGGAGUUUUCGAGUUUGGAUGACUAUGUUAAUUGGCAGAGCAACUCCCAGUACUCUCCGGCUAAGAUUCUAGAUCGAUUGGACCGGGACGAUCCCGAGUUCUUCGAGGCGCGAGCGAUUGUCUUCAGCAAAAUGGGACAACACCGGCAGGCACUGGAAAUCUACGUGUUCAAGUUGGAAGACUACGUCAAGGCUGAAGAAUACUGUAAUCAUCUCCAUAAAGCGGAGGAUACGACUGCUGCGGAUGGAGCGGCUUCGCGCUGUGUAGCUCUACUGCCGUAUGAGGAUGACAAACCAUCGAUUUAUUUGACUCUAUUGUCUCUAUAUCUAUCGCCGCCGCAUGGCUACAAGCCACGGUACGGGCCCGCGCUUGAGAUACUGGCCAAACACGGAUCCCGGCUGCCACCCAAUUCUGCUCUGGAUCUGAUCCCGGAAUCGCUCCCGGUCAAAGAGCUCGAGUUUUAUUUCAAGGGCCGUAUGAGGGCCGCCAACACAAUCCUCAACGAGAGCCGAAUCGUGGCCAACCUGCAAAAGGCAGAAGACAUCAAGACGCAGGCGCAAUUGUUGGUAGGAGAGGGGACAGACGGGCGAUCGACGCGCUCGCGACAUGUCACCAUUACCGAAGAACGGGUCUGCGGCAUCUGCCACAAGCGGAUCGGAGGCAGUGUGAUUAAUGUGUUUCCGGAGUUUCAUACCGGAGUGGCGGACAUUUCCUACACGAUGAUACCCCGGGAUAGCGGUAUUCAAGGAUCCAUGCAUAUGAUUUAUUUAGUCGUGAUUCGUUCCUCGUCAGCCGUAGCAUCCACACACUUUCUCUCGAUUGUCUUAAUUUCGGGUAUGGCAGGAUCACGCAUCCUCUUCCACAACCUCCUCUCCGUAGUUCUCCUCCUCCUUGGCUUCCUUGUCAGAGACCUUUUGACCCUGGGCCUCGGCGGCCUUCUUGUCCUCUUCCAUGCGCGCGGUCAGGAAUACGUUGAUGUCGUUCUGCAGAGUGGCCCUCUAUUCGCUCACAUCAUGUUGCGCUCGCCGGUGUCGCCCGAGCGAUCCUCGUCUCGCUCACCUCUUCCUCCUCAUCAUCCUCCUCCUCCUCCACUUUCACAGCCCCCUCGCCGCUCCUUCGACGACUUCUCCUACGCCCGCCCUGCUUCCUCAGGCAGUGAUGCCUCGUCGAUUACCUCCAAUGUGACCACCAUCUCGCCGCGUCACUCUGCCCUCAAUCCCGGUGCCGUGUCGGUGACCUCCUCUCCUCGUCCUCCACGUACCUCAUCCAUCACCGCCAACACCACCGCUCCUCUUCCUCCCAUCUCGACCGCCACCACAAAUACUACCUCCUCUUCUUCUUCUACGAUUAGAUCCCCCGUCUCCUUCAUGCCUCAUGGUGAGAUCCUGAGCAGGAAACCGUCGGGUCGUGGUGGCCCGCCGGAACUGCAGAGACGCUCUCGUCACCACUCGCAGGGCUUCUUCGAGCCAUCCCUCCCCACCGCGUCCUCCUCCGAGGCUACCAUCUCCGCUUCCAGAAUCGCAGCCCAGGCGGCCAUGCUCCAGCAACAGCAGACCGCUCCCCAGAAUCCUCCUAAGCGUCCUCCGCCAGUGCGGGGUGUGUCAGAAGACGGUUCCCGGUCUCGACGAGGCGGGAGCGCUUCCCCUCCGCCCCCGCCGCCUCCAGCACCGUUGUUUGCGCCCCCAACAAGCGCGGGAAGUGCAUCCGGGGCAUCAUAUCAGAGUGGGUCUACAAAUGGGAAUACACAUGCCGCAACGACGGCGGCAAAUGUGGUGUUUCCCCGGAAUCCCGCGCUGCAGCCGCCCGGCCUGGAGCCGCCCGUAGAGCGGGAGCAUAAGCACAAGGGCGAGAAAUCGAAGAUGAAGCUAUUCUCGAAACCGAAACAUAUAGGGAUUAGUCGGGAUAAAGACGGGAUCAGCAAGGACCGGGGCCUGCCAUCGCCGAGUAAGAUGGGUUUUCCGAGCGGAGGAUUAUCACGGAUCGUGAGUGCGUCGACGACGAGCUUGGCUGAUACGUUUCCCUCGAAUAACUCGUCACUCUACAACUUGUCGAAUGCGUCGGCAAGUACGGUGGUUCCGGCCGAUAAGCCGGUGGGGAGUGAGAAGGAGAAAGAGAAGGAUAAGGAUAAGCACAAGCAUCACUUCUUGUCGCGGCAGAAGUUGAAGCUGAAAGACCGAGAUGAUCAUUACAACCUGCCGCUGUCGUCGGCGUCGAGUAACUCGAAACCCUCGGAUCCGAAUGCCCCUCAGUCGCUGUAUUCUUUUACCCCGGCUUCGCCAGGUGCGGUGACGACUACAUUUGGGAAAAGCGUGAGUGGCCUGGAUCUGCUCCACGGGUUACGAGAUAAGAAGAAGGAAGAGAAGGCAUUAGAGUCAGAACAGCUGGACUGGGUGGCCAACUCGUCGGGACCUGCGCCGGGGACGUUUGCGGGGCCAUCGUCGCUGGGCAGCUCCACGGGAGUCCUUGCGGAAGCGGCUCUUCGAGAGACCCUCCAGGGCUUUGGACUGAAUAACAUGACACCGGAAGAUGCUUGGGACUUUCUCAAGGCCAAGCUUAUGGUCAUCUUUGACGGAGAGGAUGUUCGCAUCGCCAUCGAGGAUCUCAAUAAGCUGGUCCUCAUCCAUAUCCAGCGUUGCGUCCAGAAACGCAUGCCCACCGCACUGUUAGAGACAGGAUGCGCCUCCCUCAACCAUACACUGAACGGCAUCCCCGAUGAGAAGCUGGUCCCUCAUCUGGUACAAGUGUGGAUGCUCUUCAAGGGAUGCGGGUCCGUCAUGAACCGCCGAGAAGCCAGUGAGUUCUGGUCAUCCACGUUCAACGGCGAGUACCCCGGCUGCGAUCUGGACGUGCGCAACCUCGUUCUGAUUGCCUUCCGCGACAUGGUCAUCCUCUACCGGUACGACGUGCUAAAGGCAACCUUCUCCCGUUUGAGUCUAGACAGCAUCAAGCUGGGCACGGCAGCGCUGAGCGUCACGACCAAGAGCAGCAGCAACAGCGCACGGCCGACGACAUCGGCCUCGCUGGACGGCGGGUUCGGCAGCUACAGCUCGCAGUCGUCGACGCUCCUCAACGCCGCGAACAGCUACUCGUCUGAAUCGCUAGACUGCAACCGCAGCCGGGCGGCGUCCAACACGUCCAACCCGGACCAGCUGAUCUUCCAGUCUUUCUCGUCACCCACGCAACGGCCCAGUAUCAUCCACCGGUCCUCGCACACAGACACGUCACACAUCAUCACCGAGACCGUGGGACGGAUGCUCCAGUGCGUCAGCGUGUUGGCCAGCGUGCAAACCGGCGAUCGAGCACAGGAGCAGAUCGAGCUCCUGAGCAAGGAGCUGAAGCAUAACUGGCUAGGCCGCGGACGCACGGGACGAGACCGACGUGGGUUCGUAGGGACGAAGAUCCGGCCGGCGAUAGUAGCCCGCACAGACAGUGAUGAUUAUAUGAGGGAUGGGAUGGAGGAUUACGGGCGUCGGGAAUUAAGUGUGUUGUGA